AUGAGUGGCAAUAGGGCUGGGAAGUCAUUGACGAAAUACAAGAUUGUUUUUCUAGGGGAGCAAGGCGUGGGUAAGACUUCUCUUAUAACGAGGUUUAUGUAUGACACAUUUGAUGAUCACUAUCAAGCAACCAUUGGCAUAGAUUUUCUGUCGAAGACAAUGUAUCUUGAUGACAAAACAAUCAGGCUCCAGCUGUGGGACACUGCAGGGCAAGAGCGAUUCAGAUCACUCAUUCCUUCUUACAUACGUGAUUCCCACGUCGCUAUUGUGGUCUAUGAUGUGACGAAUAAGAAAUCGUUCGAGUACAUCGACAAGUGGGUAGAAGACGUCAAAACCGAACGCGGGGAGGAAAAUGUGGUUUUGUGUAUCGUGGGCAACAAAAACGAUCUUUCAGACGAGCGACAGGUGUCGACCGAAGAAGGUGAGAAGAAAGCGGAGGUAUUGAACGCUAAGAUAUUCAUUGAAACCUCUACUAAGGUGGGCUUCAACGUCAAGAACUUAUUCAGAAAGAUAGCAAAAACUUUGCCAGAAUUCCAAAAGUCCGGUAGCGCUCUGCUGGAUGACACUUCUGCGAAAAAUAAGCCGGAUGUAAUCGAUAUUACAACGAACAAUGAAGAGCCAGAACAAUCGAGCUGUCAGUGUUAG